GUCAGCCACAAUGAAAGACAUAAAACUGGUGACUGUUGAAGAAAUUCAUGAAGAAAAUGGAUGUCAGUCUAAAGUGUUUAUCUAGUCCCUCUCAACUUUUGAUUUUUACGCUCACGUCAUAAAUUGGGAUAAGAAGUACAAACUGUUAUCCACCGUCAUCCUCGCGCUCCAGCAUCACUUUGACAACAGUGGCGAUGGCGGAGGCCGCAGAACCUCCUGCAUCCCCGGCCCCCUCCCCAGCAGCAAGUCCGUGCUCCGAACCACCGUCCAUGGCCCCGUCACCCACGGCGGACGGCUCCCAGCGGCUCCUCUUCUCCCACGACUUGGUGUCCGGACGGUAUCGUGGAUCCGUGCGCUUUGGCCUCGUCCGGCUGAUCCACGGAGAGGAAGAGUUUAACUCGGACUCGGACAUAGAUGAGAGCGGGGGCAAGGGAGGCGACGGAGCAGGAGGCGGCGGCGGAGGAGGACGAGGACCGGGUUCGGAUACUGAGAGUGCCGUGGACACCUCGAGUCAACCUCUGGGGAGAGGUUUCGUCCGCGUGCAGUGGUACCCUGAAGGAGGGAAGCAGGACAUCAGAGAGACGAAGUUGAAACUUGAAGAUCGCUCGAUCGUGAUUCGAGACAUUGUGAGAAGGAACAAUUCUAAUGACAACCAGUGUGGCAUUGUGACCAACAUAGACAUCGAGUGUGCUGUGAAAAUAGUGGGAACAAAUUGUGUUUUGUAUCCCGUCAACAGUAAAGACCUGCAGCACAUUUGGUCCUUCAUGUACGGUGACUACAUUGCCUACGACUUCUGGCUGGGCAAAGUGUACGACCUGACCAAUCACAUUAUCCUCAAGCUUUCCAAUGGAGCCAGGUGCUCCAUGAGUGUGGAAGACGGUGCCAAGCUCUAUGAUGUCUGUCCACAUGUCAGCGACUCGGGUCUGUUCUUCGACGAGGCCUAUGGUUUUUACCCAGGCCAGGUCCUGAUUGGCCCAGCUAAAGUCUUCUCUAAUGUCCAGUGGCUGUCCGGGGUCAAACCUGUCCUGUGCAGGAAAUGCAAGUUCAGGGUGGUGGUGGAAGAGGUGAAAGUGGUUGAGUUGAAAGUGACAUGGAUCACGAAGAGCUACUCGCCCAAAGGAUCCGACAGUGUAUUUCCACCUGCUUCCACCAUCACUCAAGAAAAUCUCUGCAGAGUACGGCGUCUGGGCUACUACGAUCACACACAGCGCCAGCUCGGGGAAAGGGCCCUCUACAUCUUCUCUGGCAAGGGCGACGCAUCACGCAUCACGUGUGACUGGCCUGAAGGCGCGCCGGUCCUUCCUGAAGACCCUACCGCCCGAAAAUUGAAAAGAAUAUUCAAGAAAGAUCCUGUGAAGAAGCCGGAGAACGCAACCAUGCAAGGGGAGCAGAAAUCAGAGCCCACGGAGCAUCAGAACACGAAUGGCCCGCUAGAACCCCCACACAGCCCAUGUAAGACCCCGGACGACGGCCAUGGUGAACACUUGGACCCGGACGCUGACGACGAGGCGGCUGAAGACACGGAUGACACCAGCUCCCUUACGUCGUCGGCAAGUUCCACCGCUUCCUCUCAGAGCGGUGGUCCGGCAACCAACCGCAAAAAGAGCAUCCCACUCUCAAUCCGCAACCUGAAGAGGAAGCACAAGAAGAAAAGGACCAAGUUCUCUCGGGAGUUGAAGCCGGGGGACAGGGUCGCGGUCGAAGUUGUCUCUACCAAGACGACCGCUGAUGUCAUGUGGAAGGACGGGCGUGUGGAGAAGGGAAUCCGAUCGAAUGACCUCAUUCCAAUUCAGCACCUGGACAGCCAUGAGUUCUGCCCCGGAGACUUUGUUGUUGACAAACGACCCCAAGCCCUCCAGGACCUAGGAGUCUACGGGGUGAUCCAGUCAGGUGAUCACAGAGGCAGGACUUGCGUUGUGAAGUGGAUCAAACUCAAUUCCACCGGCGACGACGUGGAGGUUCUGGGACUGGAGGAGGACGUCAGCGUGUACGACAUCGCGGACCACCCCGAUUUCCACUUCCGCACCACCGACAUUGUGAUUAGAAUCUGGAACUCUGAGAACGGACAGAAUGAAUGUGAAAAUGAUACCUCAGUGGGUCAGGUGUCCAGGGUGGACGUGAGCAGUAAGGUGGAGGUGGUCUGGGCGGACAAUUCCAAGACCAUCGUGCUUCCACAGCACCUGUACAACGUGGAGUCAGAGAUCGAGGAGACCGACUACGACUCCGUGGAGGACACAAGCAGCGGACUGUCGACGGAGGAGUGGGAGGACGAGAGUGACAGCUGGGAGACGGACAACGGCGUCACCACGGAGGAGGACGGACAAAUCAGCAACGCAGAUGUGACCGUAACGGCCACGCCCACCGCCACACCCACCGAUUCAUCGGCUUUCAUCAUUCCACCUGAAGAGGGCAUCAGCGAUGCAGGCGUCUGUCCAUCUAAAGCAAUGACUGGGGAGGAUGGAGAGGCCGCUGCGGCUCAGUCCACCUCAGAAGGAGCAGCAGGUGCACAAGGUGAGACUGUCAAUGGUGCUGAGAGGCUCACCAAGGACAGCUCCUCUCGAGCCUUCAGGGAGCUGAAGGAGGCCUUGAAAAUCCUGGAGAGCUUAAAGAACAUGACCGUGGAGCAGCUGUGGUACGGCGGCCUGCCGACCUCCCCGACAUGCGCCGAACCCACCUCCACCUCAAACGAAGCCACCACAGUCACACCUGUACCUUCAGAGAAACCCACCAAGGAGAAGCGCUUCCUCGACGACAUUAAGAAGCUGCAGGAGAACCUGAGGAAAACGCUAGAUAAUGUGGCCAUUGUGGAGGAGGAGAAGAUGGAGGCUGUGGUGGAAGCUGGGAGCAGCACUUCAGCGACAGCAGAGACGGAGAGAGUUGGUGAGGAGAAGCCGGUGCAGGAAGCUCAGACCCCUGUAGGAGGACAGGAAUGGGGCAGUGACGUUCUCAGUGACACGCCGGUGCUGUGCCAGCAGAGCGGCGGGAAACCUGGCGUCACCUUCACCAGUGCCAGAGGAGAGGUCUUCUCUGUGCUGGAGUGGGCUCCAGACACUCACUCAUUUAAGAAGAUGGAGUUCCAGCCUGCGGAGGCCAAGAAGUUCUUCAGCACCGUGAGGAAGGAAAUGGCUCUGCUGGCGACCUCCCUGCCUGAUGGCAUUAUGGUCAAGACCUUCGAGGAUCGCAUGGAUCUGCUGUCGGCGCUGAUCAAAGGGCCGACUAGAACUCCCUACGAGGACGGCUUGUUCUUGUUUGACAUCCAGCUGCCCAACAUCUAUCCUGCGGUGCCGCCGCUGUUCCGCUACCUGUCGCAGUGCAGCGGGCGUCUUAAUCCCAACCUCUACGACAACGGGAAGGUCUGCGUGAGCCUGCUCGGCACCUGGAUUGGAAAAGGAACCGAGAGGUGGACGAGCAAGUCUAGUCUGCUGCAAGUUCUCAUCUCUAUACAAGGUCUGAUUCUGGUGAACGAGCCGUACUACAACGAGGCGGGCUUCGACAGCGACCGCGGCCUGCAGGAGGGCUACGAGAACAGCCGCUGCUACAAUGAGAUGGCCCUGAUCAAGAUGGUCCAGUCCAUGACCCAGCUGCUGCAGCACCCGGUGGAGGUCUUCAAGCAGGAAAUCCAGGAGCACUUCCUGUGCAGCGGCUGGCGGCUGGUGCAUCGGCUGGAGGGCUGGCUGGAGCUGCACGAGGCCUCUGAGAAGAGCUUCUCCUCCCGAGCCUCCUCGCGGCCUCACAAGGACCGGACUUCCUCUGUAGAAACUGUGGAUGAGCAAUUCGUUCUGGGUUGUGGGCCCGCGGCCAUGGCCCACAGCAGUCCCAAUAAGCCCGGCGAGGAUGGGGUGACAGCCGUGGGCAGUAUUAUGGAGGAGGACCUGGAGGAUUCAGGUCUGAGUCCCUCCACCACCGCUCAGCAAGAACUGAGCCAGAACUCGGACCUUGGCGCGGCGGGCGGCGCUGCCAGUGGGACCCCAGAUUUGGCCACAGCGCCUGAGGGGGCGGCCGCCGCAGGAAGCCAGCAGGUGGUCAGACCAAAGAAACGGAGAAAGAGUUACCGCAGCUUUCUCCCCGAAGGCAGUGGCUACCCGGACAUCGGCUUCCCGCUCUUCCCGCUGUCAAAGGGGUUUGUGAAAAGCGUGCGCGGGGUCCUGCUGCAGCACCGAGCCGCCCUGACCGCCGCCGCCAUCCCAGAGCACACAGAGGACAAGUAAGUGCCUCGUGAGCCACGGAGGAGGCCGAGGGCGGGGCCUCCUGCUUCCUUCCCACGUUCCACGGUGCACUGCCCCAGUCUCCGCCCCCCUCGCCUCCAUCUCUAGUCUUAACCUGCGCCACUCUCCAUGAAAGGGACACCACACCUCCAACCUGGAUAUGAGCCGGCGUGAUGAAGAGCGACGGCAGAGGUCAGUGCCAUGAAGUCUGUCGGGCUCACCCCUCAGGGUCUGACGCCCCUGAAGAACCUUGAACUCUCCUGCUGCGGAGACUUUUGUAGCACUACUGAUGACAUCACCGCCGAGUCCUGCACUAGAACGCCAGUCUCUCGCAGACAAUGGCGGCGUACGCCAAACUCUCCACUUGCAUGCACACACACAGACGGAGACACGCGCUGAAUGUCAACUGCCAACCACGACUGCUUCGCUCGCCUCCCGCCACGCGCUGGAGACCACGUUUACACUCACAUCUGCCGGCCGUGAGCCCAGGACGUCCUGUUUUUAUAGACAGGCGCCUCUCAGCCCUGACGCCACUCGCCACCAAACACGCCGCAUCCAUUCCGUCUCCAUGUCGACAUGUUGCCUUACCUGGGUGGUUGAUGAUCAUGUGGUGAGCUGUUCCAGACGUGGACCCGACCAUUCGAGAGGUGUUUUUUGUCCUUUCAUUGCCAAUAGUUUGCGUCAGUUGAAUCCCGCUUGACUGUUUCUUCUUCUUCUCCUUCUCCCACGACUGCGGAUGAUGGUGCACAGAGUAAACCUCCGUCGCUCACUUUGCUUCUCUAUUUAAAAUGCAGUCUGGGUUAUGAAUUUACUGUGAGACUCGGGGUCCAAAUGUGCUUCCUUGGAAAAUCGGAGCAGUCUUUGUUUACAUUUUUAAUAAAAUGAAGACAGGUUUUUUUUUUGGGCGGGGGGUUUGCAAGAUCUCAUUUAGUUGUGAUGAUGAAGAUGAUGAAGAACGUGCUGGUGUUUACUUGAACUUUGAAGUGUUUUCGGAGCACUUGGUGCCAUGUGAGCCGUGAAUAACAACCAAUGUGUUUUUUUUUUGUUUUUUUUUUUUUUUUUUAUAAAGCUCUUGACUGGCAUUGUUUUGUCUUCCACUCGCUCCUCAGCUCGUCCCCGGUCGGGACGUGCCAUCCGUCCCGCUUCUGUCUUUACUUUGUUGCCUUUUGCUGCUACGGAUGAAAGUGUGAAAGGUUGGCAGCAUGUAGCCUUUGUUCGCCGUCACGUUCCUCCCUCACACACGCUGCUGUUUGUGAAAUGUCACCGGCUCAACUCCCCCCAGACUUUUAAAUGAAAUUCAGAAAAUAUUUCGGUGGGAAUUGAGCCGGCCACAUUCCCGCUUCUCAUCGGUGGAAAAGAGAAAAAUGUGAAUCCCAGACAGAGAAACUGAAGCGCACAUGACGUCAAGUCUUUUCUGUUUCUGUGUAGAGUGAGAUUCCAACCCUAAAUAUUAUUAUGAGUUUUCGAGCCAAAGCAUGUAACAUGUUGCUUUACGCCUGACGGACGAGGCGGCACACCAGACUUGACUGUACGAUGUCAACAUUUCCACAGUGGCCUGUUGUUGAUAUUUAAAAUACUAAUAAAGUUAUGAU